UCAGGACUCACUGACUGACACUGCUGAGGAAACUCUACAGUCAGCAAAAUACAAACAGGUUUAGAUACAGAGACAGCAUAGCAACAUGUCCAGUGCGGCUGCAGAAGACACAGUGUGGAUCGGGUUCAUGGACAUCGUUCCUGUCAUCGGGACGGUCAAAGAGGCAGUGGAGCUGGUGUUGGCUCUGUACGAAGGGAAUAAAGCGGUGAUAAAGGAGAAAGAGAAAGCCACUGAAAACUUUGUGAAAGAGUCAUUAAAAAAACAACUGAAGGCAAAACAUGUGAAAAAGUUGACUCUACCUGACAAACCAGCAGCAGCUGCAGAUGAAGUUUCUGGACUCAGAAAUGUGAGAGAGGUCAGAAAGGAAAUGAUUAUUGAAUAUAUGGGCAAAGGUUCCAAACGAGGAACAAAACCUCUAACUCCAGCUCAGCAGAAAGAGAGACAGAAAAGAGUGGAGGCUAUUAAUAAAGACAUGUUAGAAAAGAUCCAUAUCCUCGAUAAAAACUUCAAUCAGGAGCUGAAGGAACAACUGGAAAGGUCACAAAGAGGCGAACAUGUCUUCAACAAUGGCAUUCUUACAUUUCAUUUCAGUGUGCUGACUGAGUUUAUACAAAGCUAUCAUAUUGAUAAUCUACGAGGAUAUAGUCAGCAGACAAUGGAUACAUUAGGCAGACACACACUUACCCAAAACACAGCAGAAGAUAUUCAGACAAACAUGGUGGUUCACUUUGGUGAGGAUGAAUUCUACGUAAAUGCGAAUGCAGUGGUGUACGGUGAAUAUUGCAGAGCACUGCGUGGUGCUUUGUUAGAUGUGCUGCGCCACAUAAACGCAGAUGAUGUGACAGAAGAGGAGAGACAAAGGGUGAAUUUUGUCGUAGAUAAUAUGAAUAACCUUGAAAUCUAUGUGGACCAACUGGCAAAGGUCAAGUGGAUUGCCAGUAAUGCAAAUAGACAGGCCCGGUUUGAACAGGUAAGACAGGAAGUUGCGAACAUGUAUAAAACAGAUCGUGGGUUAGACUGGUGCAUUCGCGUUCUGCGUGAAGUCGCACCUUUGUUUGAACAUGGACAUUGAGUUUAUUUCUCCUGUUCAGGUUUGCCAGGUUUCCUUUCAGAAUUUCCAGCUUAACUACAUCCUAAACCCCACAGACCUGAAACUAGCUCAAAACGUUUGGACACUGGAAGAAACAGACACAAGUUUGUUUCUUUCCAACAAAAUUUCUAAAGUGAUAACGAGUAGAUUUAUGAUUUUUCUUUUGGACUAAAAUCAUCUUAAAAUGGCUUCAGUUACUUGUUUCAGUUGCUCUGAUGCUUGCUGCCUUGCUAUUUUUUGCUAUUUUUGCAAGCUGCUAUCUCUUCCUUUUGCUUCUGUCGAAGAACACUUCAGAUUUUUCCACUUGAGUUUGCAUGCUUUGUGUGCCUCGCUUCAUGGUCAAGGAAUUUGUUGUUGUACAAAAAGUCAAGUCAAGUCAAGUCACCUUUAUUUAUACAGCGCUUUUAACAAUACAGCUUUACAGUAUUAAGUAGGAAAUAUUGUGUCAAUAAUGCAAAAAGGGCAACAGUAAA